AUGAUUGAUGCUCCAGGAAAUCCGAAAUAUCGAGAGUUGACUCUAAAAUAUAUAGAAGAUGCUACUGUAGUUAUACUAGUUUUUGACGUAACAAAUCCAAAUUCUUUGCAUGAUGACGUUAUGUAUUGGGCAGCUAAAGUACAUGAAUCUAAUUCGAUUAAUAGAAUAAUUCUCGCAAAUAAAAUCGAUCUUGACAAAGAAAGAAAAGUUUCUACAACUGAAGGUAUGAAGUUUGCAAAUAAAUUUUUAUUUUCAUACUCAGAAUGCUCUGCAUUGCAUGGUGUUGGCGUAGAAGAACUUUUUGAUGUAAUAUUAUUUCAUUGUAUUAAUUCUUGGAACGAAUAUUUCUUUAAUAACGAAAAUUCAAUAACAAGCGAUGAGAACGAAGAGAAUAGUUAUUAUUUGCCAUUCGAAAUAAUGAAUCUACAAAUAUAA